GCAGCUGCUGCCCUACCCCCAUCUCCCGCCUCCCUCGCCCGGAUCUCAGGCCGGGCCCCCGGGCAGAGGCCGAGCCGCUGUUGCCCCCGCCCCCGGAGGAGGCACCUCCUCCCCGCGGAGCUCGGAGAAGAUGGCGGCGGCUGCUAGCUGGGCCGGCCUGGGCCUGGUGCUGCUGUUGCUGGCCGCGGCCGCCGGGGCUGGCGAGCCGGAGGGGAAGCGGCGGGCCCAGCCCGCCAAGAAGAAGAAGGACAUUCGGGAUUAUAACGAUGCGGACAUGGCGCGGCUGCUGGAGCAGUGGGAGAAAGAUGAUGACAUAGAAGAGGGAGAUCUUCCUGAACACAAAAGGCCAUCAGCACCAAUAGACUUCUCCGAAAUUGAUCCAAGCAAGCCUGAGAGUAUCCUGAAAAUGACAAAAAAAGGGAAGACUCUUAUGAUGUUUGUCACAGUGUCAGGCAAUCCCACUGAAAAGGAGACUGAGGAAAUUACCAGCCUGUGGCAGGGAAGUCUCUUCAAUGCAAACUAUGAUGUACAAAGGUUUAUUGUUGGCUCAAAUCGUGCCAUCUAUAUGCUACGUGAUGGGAGCUAUGCAUGGGAGAUCAAAGACUUUCUGGUAAAUCAGGAGAGGUGUGCAGAUGUAACUCUAGAAGGUCAGGUGUACCCUGGCAAAGGAGCAGAAGAAAGUGAAAAAGUGAAAAAUAAAACCAAACCAGAGAAAAAUAAAAAGAAAAAAGAUGCAGACAAGAAAUCGAAACCCCUCAAAGAAGACAACCGAGCUACCAAACAGAGAGAAGAUCUAUGACAAACAAAUUAACCAGACUGAGUGUAGUAAAUAGAAAAUCAACACUUUUGUUGUUCACAGAGGAAACCAACUGUCUCUCUAAAUUUUGCAGCCUUACCCAUACAAUUUCUGGCUAUUUAGGGGUGCGGGGGUGGGAAUAAGA